CGCGAACGUUCAACAAGGGCUCCAGCCUCGCAACAUUGCCAUUGCCGUCACCAGCUCCUGCGAAGAACGCGGCCAACUCUCAUCUGUCUCAUCUGCGAGGAAGAAUAAAAAAAUUUCGCACGCAAUUGACGCGACGCCACAAGCAGCGCACGACUUUGUGCGGUCCCAUCUUGCUACUCUGCCCCCCGCAAGGGCAAACCCCCCUCGCCGAACAUGUUCGUCUGUCGGGGCUGCCUGCGAAGCCUCACGAGCUCGCGCGGAACCCGAAUUCGGUCAUCCCGUCUUCUGAGCCAUCCGCAGAUAGCCACGACUUCGGUAUCCGGCCGGCGAGCAUACACUGCGAAUGGGCCAAGUUUAGACCAGCGUCGCGCCGUCGAGGAUGCUAUACGAGCCGCCCAGCAGCAUCCCUCGCCGAAGGAGAGCAAGCCUUCCGGGGCCCAGUCGCCCGGUGACAACGAUGGGGACCUGGCGUAUGAUAACGUCAACACGAAGGGCGACGAGUAUGGGAAGCAGAAGUAUGAGAAGAAGUUGGAAGCCUCGGUUCGAAAAGUCCUUCGCCUCACUACCGACCCCUAUCACAUUGCUCAGCAUGUCGCGAAGGUGCUUGAGAAGGGCCGCUUUGACGAGGCGCUCAUGACGACGCGCAUGGCCAGCCGCAACAACAAGGUCGAGGUCAGCUGGAAUCAUCUGAUCGACUACUUAAUGAAGAACCACCGCCUUCACGCGGCCGUGAAGCUCUAUAACGAGAUGAAGAAGCGUGCCCAGAUACCCAAUGCAAAGACGUACACCAUCAUCUUCCGCGGCUGUGCAGAGUCUCCCCAUCCCAAGCUCGCCGUCUCGGAGGCCACCCGAAUCUACAACUUUAUGAUCAAGUAUGGCCCUCUCAAGCCCAACACGAUCCAUAUGAACGCCGUUCUCGAGGUCUGCGCACGUGCCGGGGACCUGGAGAGCCUCUUCACGGUCCUGGCGACUUGCAACGGGAGUAUGCGUUCCCCUGAUGCCCAUACCUACACCAUCGUGUUAAACGCCCUGAAAUACGACACGAGCAAGGUGGGCAGUGCCAAUCUGGGGCUGAUCGACGCCGAGGUCAAGCGGGAGAUCCAGAAGAACAUUCAUAGAGCGAGAGCAAUCUGGUCCGACGUCAUCGCGAACUGGAGGAGCGCCAAGAUGAUCAUUGACGAACCGCUGGUCACUGCCAUGGGUCGGGUACUUGCAAUGGGCGAUUACAAGGACAACGAGAGUGUCUUGGAACUCCUCGAGCAAACCAUGAAGAUCCCGAGGUUCGACAAGCCCAAUGUCAAGCUUCCCGACGUUUCAGCCGACGCCGGAGCGGACGCCGCCAAGCUGCCAGUGCCGGAAGGCCAAACCGUCGAAGCAGGCAACAUGUCGCCGAAGGACCGGAAGGCGUUGGCCAACUCGAGGGCGGACAAGUCUCCCCUCUAUGCCAAGCCCGGAAACAAGACCUUGUCUCUCAUCUUCAACGUCCUCGCGGCGACCCGCAGAACGUCGAGCGCGGGCAAGUACUGGAGCUACUUCACCAACGUCCUCAAGGUCACGCCAGACCAGUACUCCUACAACUGGUACCUUCGGGUCCUCACCACCGGCCACGCCAGCGGUCAGGUCGCCGAGCUCGUCGCAUCGAUGCCCACCACCCUGCUCACCCCGCUCACCUUCCGCCGCGGCUUCACGGCCUGCAUCCGCGACAACCUCAACAGGCACGCCUUCAAGCACGCCUGCCGCAUCUUUGAGGUCAUGAUCACCACUCAGCGCUACCCCGACGCCCUGGCCAUGCGCCUGUUCCUCCAGGUCGCCCGCGGCAGCACCCGACACUUUUACGAAUCGUCCCCGAAACAACAGCAACAACAAGAGCAACAACAAAAGCAACAAGAACGAUCGGACCACCACCAGCAGCAGCAGCAGCAGCAGCAGCAGCAGCAGACCCCCGGCUUACCAGAGCCACAAAAAGAAGGAGCCCUCACGGGCAAGGCGGGCCACGGCGCCCAGAUCAUCACCGCGCUCUCGUACAUGUGGGAGCCCUUCCGGAUCCUGACCGGCUCGCUGUCCUACCCGGAGGCGGCGACGCGGUCCCCGCAGGAGGAGCUGGACCGCAAGCGCGGGCCGAUGCAGGAGAUCUCGGCGACGGCGCGGCGCAUGAUCGCGGGCAUCGACCGCGUGACCAACGAGGAAGGCAUGGCGGACCGGGAGGCGGUCAAGCUGUGGCGGGCGCGGCGCAUCGUCCUGCAGAAGCUGCUGGAGCGGUACAUGCGCAUCAUGUACCCUGGCGGGUCGGCGGCCCAGGAGGAGAAGGAGCGCAGGACCGUCUUGGAGGAGGAGGAACGGUACGAGCGGAGUUCCCCUCGGCAGGCCGCUGGUGAAGCCUCCUCCUCACCCUGAAAGUCGAGACGCGCUCGUUGGGGCCCUGUCGAGAAUGCUGUAGGAUAGCAGUGUACAUUAUGAGCUUGGACUACGUAAAAUAAUACCGCCAAACGACACAACUUGCAAGGGAGAAACCGUGUCGUUCAUGUACGCAAAAAGCAUGUUCGCCU